GAGAGGAGAAGAAAAGUUUACGAGAAAUUAGAGAAUCCAAACAUCCCAUUUUCUUCAUUAAAUUCUAGUGUUUCUUUUUUUCUUUUUUUUGGUAGAAAAAUUCUAGCGUUUCAAUCCUAUAGAACCAAUAUUCUCCGUUUCUUGAUUUCUUAUUAAAGUAUCUUCCUCCUUCUCCACCUUCAGAGAUAGAGAUAGAGUCCUACCUUUACACGAUCUCCUCCCCCUUUUCCGUGGGUGUGGGGGUGAAAGAACAACUGUUGACGAAGUUGAAGAGUUGGGAGUUGUUCUACAACCAUUGGCCCACUCAUUUUUCGUGGACUCAACUGGGGUUUCCCGUGAAUUUUGCAGGGUUUAAUCGUCUCUGCUCAUAUAAGUGAUCUCGCUUCUUCUCCUUUUUUCCCUUAAAGGGUUCGCCAGCAGGAAUUUCUUCUCUCCGGCUCUAAGGUCCUUUCUUUGAUCUUUAUUUCAUUAAUCCUCAUGGAGGCCUGUGUUUCUUACCAUUCACGAGAACAGCCUUGUUAAGCAAUGUGGAACAUUUCUUGGUUGCUGGGUUGCAGCUUUCUUUGUUGCGAUUAUAAAAUUUGUAGUCUAUAUUCAUAAUAAAGUCAGAAGAUUGUCACUAAAAUGGGAUCCAUCACGCGCAGUGGAGUUGUUAGAAAACCAAAUGAGACGAUGAGGCUAAUCAUUAUGACUUUUAUUGGAGUUGUGUUUGGAUUCUUGAUAGGAGUAUCCUUUCCCACUAUUUCAUUAGCUAAGUUGAGCUUUCCAUCCAGCCUUUUCCCGUCCAUUGAUCUAACUUACAUUGAAGACAAGAAUUCAGGGCUUUCAACCCAAACAUUUUUGCACCAAGCCUGGUCUUCUGUAAAGGAUAAUGGAAGCAGCUCAACUCAUGGUCAAAAUCUGAAUGACACUUCAAAGAUAUGGGUUCCAACAAAUCCUCGGGGUGCAGAAAGACUACCACCGGGCAUUGUCGCAGCUGAGUCAGACUUCUACCCACGCAGAUUGUGGGGUAAGCCUAGUGAGGACCUAACGAUCAAGCCGAAGUAUCUUGUAACCUUCACUGUUGGUUAUGAUCAGAAAAAGAAUAUCGAUGCAGCCAUUAAAAAGUUCUCAGAGAACUUUACCAUUCUACUAUUUCACUAUGAUGGUCGGACUAGUGAAUGGGAUGAGUUUGAGUGGUCAAAGCGUGCGAUUCAUGUUAGUGUUCAAAGACAAACUAAAUGGUGGUACGCCAAACGCUUCUUGCAUCCGGACAUUGUAGCGUCAUAUGACUACAUAUUCAUCUGGGAUGAAGAUCUAGGAGUUGAGCAUUUUGAUGCGGAAGAAUACAUAAAAUUGGUUAGGAAGCAUGGUUUGGAGAUUUCACAGCCUGGGUUAGAGCCAAAUAGAGGGUUGACAUGGCAGAUGACAAAGAGAAGGGGUGACCAUGAAGUUCACAAAGAAACAGAAGAGAGACCGGGUUGGUGCACAGACCCACAUGUGCCGCCUUGUGCAGCAUUUGUUGAGAUUAUGGCAACUGUUUUCUCUCGAGAUGCAUGGCGCUGUGUGUGGUAUAUGAUUCAGAAUGACUUGGUUCAUGGAUGGGGCCUUGAUUUUGCUCUUAGGAAAUGCGUAGAUCCUGCACAUGAGAAAAUAGGAGUUGUAGAUGCUCAGUGGAUUGUUCAUCAGACUGUUCCCACACUUGGUAACCAGGGGCAAGCGCAGGACGGGAAGGCACCAUGGGAAGGGGUGAGGGACAGGUGUAGAAAAGAGUGGACAAUGUUUCAAGCCCGAAUGACACAAGCAGAGAAGGAAUAUUAUAGGGCAAUGGGAAUUGAAUUGCCCAAUACAGGUCGUUAGGGGUGGAUGACAAUGACAGCAACAGUUUCUACUGUUAAACCAUAACAAAUGUUCAGCUUAGGUUUACAACUCCCUUUGGUAGAUUUGAAAAGAAAUAGUAACAAUCCAUUGACAUAUUUGUAGAGUAAUAUUUUACCAAUAAUUUUUUUUUUAGUCUCC